ACAUUUCCCAGAUCCCUCCGCGGAGUUACGUAGUCGAAAUGCUUUUUCACGUGUGACGUUGACGCUGCUCUUGUUUUGGCAGUUUCGAUACACACGGAUUGUCAGAGCCUAACAAAACACUUUUGCAUCCUUGUGGCGGACCACGACGACUCCGCGAUGCUGGUGACCUGGCAGUGAUUCUCUGUGUGGACGUCCAGGAUUAGUUCCACAAUGGCUGAAGUUGACAAAGACGAUGAUGUGAUUCACCUGGCAAGUUUUAAUGUCCACCGCAGCCAAGGUUCUCGUGCGGGUCAGAAGCUGCUCAUCACCAUCUCCGAUGACUCUGACGAGGAGCCGGUGACGCUGGUCCCCGGCAGCCCUGUGUUGGUGUCUGACGACGACGACGUCAGCAUCCUGGAGUUUCCAACUCGUGCCCGGAAGCCUGUGAUUCGAGCAGCCAAGUGGGGCGGGGCCAGCCACCUUAACGGUGAAACGAGCACAAGUUCAGCCGCCGCCUCCGCAGGAGGUCCAAGUUCACCUUUCUCCGCCUCCAGAGAUGCCACGCCCAUCCAAGCGGCCGCACACACACCGAGGACGCACACGCCGCCACAGCUGGGCCCAUCAUCGCACACGCCGUUAGAGGCGGAGCUCUGGGGCAGCAGCUCAGGACUCACCAAGGUGGAGAUCCAUGUAGACCCGUGGAGAACCAUCCAGUCCGCAAAAACAAAAGCCACCUCACUCGCCCCCCCACAGCCGAGCACAUCUGGACUGUCCAAUCAACAAGCUGGCUCCGUGGCGUCGAAUGCAGCUCCACAAACCUGUGCGCCCCACUCUGUUAACGCUCAAGAAAACCAGAGGACGAGUAGACAGGCAGCAGGCGGCGCUGAGGCAAGCACGUCUGCUGCACCCUUACCUGUGAGUCAGGCCCCGCCCCCUAAGGUUGUCAUUCCACUGCAUCUGGGCGUCCUACCCCCAGCUGCGCUCCAGCGGAGACCGCCCCCACCGCUACGGACUUCAGCCCAGUUUAAGACGCAGGGCAACCUGGUCCAGGUGGAGCCGCAGCCCCUGGCUCAGGCGCCGGCCCAGCCGGUGGUGCAGCAUGCCCAAGCGGCUGGGCCUCACCCUGCAGUUCUGAUUGCAGCGGCCCCAGAGCGACUCGGCCCCCCAGAGGCCGGCCACCGGAUAAUCCUGGGGAGCCAGGCUACCGGAGAGGCGGUCCCCGACCCCCCCGUGCAGCCCGGCGCCUCCACCGCAGCGCCGCCAGCUCACAGCGUCAGGCCUUCAUAUUUGAACUCCUACCACCCAGCUCCACCAGCAUCCCUGCCCCACAACGGAGGCGAGGCCGGUCUGGUUCCAGCUCCCGGUCUGGAGCAGGCUAACCCAGGCCCGGCUCUGGUCGCUGUCCCGCUCGCACAGGAGGACGUUCCCCAAAUAGAGGAUGCCAGACCUGGACCGUCCGCACAGGCCCAGAGACCGGAGCAGCAGCCUUACGUUCGAGCCCUCAUCACCGGGGUUUUGGAUCUAUUCCCAGACGUCCAGGAGGCUUAUGUAGCGGAACUGAUCCUAAAGAACAACGUGAAAGACUUGAAUGUGGUUUGUAACCUGCUGCUGGAGAACCCCGAGUACGCAGACAGAGAGAACACAGGCGACGCAGUCGCAGCCACCAGCAUCCUGCUGCAGCCGGGAGACUCCGAACCAGAGGUGACGGAGGACCUGUUCGACUACAGCAAGCUGACCACCGUGGGCUCUGAAGUGGUGAUGCAGGCCGCAGACCUGCUCAUGGCAGACUUCAGGAUGCUCAGCUGUCAGGACAUCAAAUGGGCUCUAAACGCUCUGAAGGGACACUAUGCAAUCACACGCAAGGCCUUAUGUGAAGCUCUGAAGAAGUGGCAGGAAUCAGGCGACUUAGGAAAGAAGAGGCGGAGCAGGACCUCCUCAGAGAGAUGCUUCAUCGACUUUCACUUUGAGCACGGUUCCCUGAAGCUGGAUCGAAGGAUGUUCUUCCUGGAGAACAACCGCCGUUACUGCCGCACCUACAGCAACCUGGAGGCCUCUGUGCAGAAGGAGCUGUCCUUCUAUCAGCAGAAAGCCAAGGAGUGGGCCGAGCAUGAGGAUUUCCUGCUGGCGCUGCAGGUCAAUGAAGACGAAUACAAGAAGGACGGUCAGCUGAUCGAGUGCGGCUGCUGCUUUGGGGAGUUUGCGUUCGAGAAGAUGACCCAGUGCUCCGACGGUCACCUGUUCUGCAAAGACUGUUUGGUCAAAUACGCUCAGGAGGCCGUUUUCGGCGCCGGACAGUCGGAGCUGAGCUGCAUGGAGGGCGGAUGCCCCUGCUCCUACCCCUCCUGUGAGCUGGAGAAGGUCCUGCCGGAGAACAUUCUGCUCAGAUACAACGAGAGGCAGGCGGAGGAGGCGGUCGCCGCCACCUGUGCUGAUGAGCUGGUCAGAUGUCCGUUCUGCAACUUCCCGGCCUUGUUGGACAAAGACAUGUCUUUGUUCAGCUGUCCCAACCCUCGCUGCCGCAAGGAGAGCUGCAGGAAGUGCCACGUGUUGUGGAAGCAGCACAAGGGCAAGACGUGCGAGCAGGUGCUGGAGCAGGACGAGAUCCGCAUGAGGGUUGUGUUCGAGGAGCGCAUGACGGCGGCACGUGUCAGGAAGUGCAUCAAAUGCGGCACCGGCCUGGUCAAGUCGGAGGGCUGCAACCGCAUGUCCUGCCGCUGCGGCGGCUUCAUGUGCUACCUCUGCCGGGAGCCCAUCACCGGCUACAACCACUUCUGCCAGCACGCCCGCUCCCCCGGCGCCCCCUGCCGCCACUGCCACAAAUGCUCCCUCUGGACCGACCCCACGCAAGACGACGAGCGCAUCAUCCAGGAGAUCCAGAAGGAAGGCGAAGCAGAGCUCAAUAAGAAGUGUGCAGGGAAGAGGGUCGGCCCGCCUCCAGAGGCCAUCACAGAGACCAAGCGGCCGUGCGUGGGGCCCCUUCCAGAAAACCCGCCCAUCCCGAACCCGGCAGCCCCCCCUCAACCACAGGCGGUGCAAGCCCCUCUGUUCGUCCCCCCUCGCGGCCGCUUCCCGCCGCCGCCACCGCCUCAGGGCCAGAUGUUCCACCAGAUCCUCAUACCCCCGGCGCCGUACGUGCCCCUACUGCAGCACCUGCCCCCCAUGAACAAUAACAACCAGCACGAGCACAACCCGCCCUUCAACCAGCGUCACCGCAACAUGGACCUGCCCAUGCACUAUGGCCCCCCUCCGUACUUCUACAGACGCUAGCUACGCCCGCUGGGUUCCUCCUUUUUACUGUGAAUCCCUCCGUCUGUUUGUUUCAGGUUAGACCCCGCCCCCCUCACAGGUUCCAGUUUGAAUUGUUUGCAUUAAACUGACAGUUGAAGCAGUUUUUUUCUCCCUCCAGUUUCUACAGAGAUUUUUCAAAAAAAGAUGUAUAAAUAAAUAUAAAAAAAAAAACUGUUGGCAUCCCCACUUCCUGGAUCGUUUGUCACGCGUCAGGCUUUCUAAUAAAGUUUUCCGUUUACAGUUUCUGAA